AUGCGGCCGACAGCUCGUGUGUUUGCGCGCUACCUGGAGGCCGGCACGCCAACCGGCCUCACGGGUCUCUGGACUCACGGCACGCCCCGAUCGACCCUUCUCUACUUGUACGGCACCACCCUGAGCAAACUCCAGACGAUGCCCGAGACAUCCAUGUACCGCCAAUCCGUCGAAGCCGUGACCAAGCACCGCAUGUCCCUCGUCGAGCAGAUGGUGCCCCCCGGAUACGACCAGUGGGCCAUCAAGGCCAAGGAGCUCGUGAGCCAGAACGCCGCGCAGUUCCGUGUCGCCAGUGGGCGGUUGGACGGCAGCGAGGCCCGGACGGUCAAGCUCGGCGACAAGAUCUUCAUUGUCGGCCGGAAGCACGAGGCCGGCGAUAUCCGAGUUGAGGAGUGGGACGGCGAGGCCAACGAGGGUGCCGAGCUGGAGGGCGCUCGAACUGCGGAAGAGCGAAAGGACCAGGCGCUCUGGGCGGAGCGCAAGUCUCUCGAGAACCAUGAGCAGGUUGAGUGGGACGAGGAGCCUCAGUUGACGGCGGACCAGAUCUCGGAGCUGGAGCACAAGAUUGGCGCCGGCUUGAUCGAAGAGGUCAUCCAGGUUGCCGAGGGUGAGCUUAACCUCAUUGACACUAUGGAGAAGGCCAAGGUCUGGGAGGACCUCGAAGAUAAGCCCCCCAGUAGCAGCAUUUCCCGGCCUGCCCACCUCCCCCAUGACUCCAUCAACCCACUGAGCCACCCCCCCGGAAUGGUCCACCAGUUCGCCACCGCUGGUCUCACAGAGAUGGAUGAAGACCCAUCGCAGCUCGUCCCGGAUUUUCCACACCGGAGUCUGAGGCCCGGCGCCCCAGGCCGCAACGUCGAGCCGGACAGCGAGGCCGAUGAGCCCGAGGCCGAUGAAAACGGCAAGGCGUCGGGAGGGAAGAAGAAGAAGACAACGACCCGGGAGCGCGGGAGAGGUGGCCAUUACGAGGUUCUGCUUCAGUCAGUUCAUCAGUUUCUUGACCAAGGCGACAUCGACAAGGCCGCGCGAGGCUACGGCCUGCUCCUGCAGCUGCGACCUGGCGGCAUGCCCGUGGAUGUCCGGCGGCACAGUUUAUGGGCCAUCGGGGCGGAAAUCCUCAUGCGGCAGGGCGAGCAGCCUAUUGUUGACGGAGAAGCCACCGACGACGAUGACCAUCUGAGCGCCACGCUUGGGGGACUCAGGAGAUGGGGACGAGCGGCCAACAUGAACAAGGUCAAGGCAUACUUCGAUACCUUGACCCAGCAGCAUCCCUACGACUAUAAGCAUCCGCGCGCCGUCUGCGCAGUGGACUUUUGGGUGGCCAUGCUUAGCUGUGAAAUCUACAACGCGCACACAGAGCACAUCCUGGCUCUCGACCGCACCGUGAGCGCCACACUAGAUGAGUCUCCUCAGUCCUUUGGAGCAGACGACAGCUUCGGGAGCGAGGAGCCCGAGGAACGCGAGGCACAAUUGCAGCGGAGGAAAGAGGAGCUUCGUCUACAGGCUUUGGCCACCAUGAGAGCCAUCACAAAAAAGAUGGACACAGUCAUGCAGGACUUGCCCUAUUCAAGGAAUCAUCAACUGCUCCGGCUGCGCGCCAUGGCAUCGCUCUACGUCGCAGACUUGGUUGUGCCCGUCGGAGAUAUCUCGUCUCAAAAUAUCCAAAACGCUCAGCGUGCGAGGGAUAUGGAGCAACAAGUAGCCAGGGAUGCCCUCAUGGAGAUUGUAAACAACGGAGGCGAACACGACCAGGCUGCCCUGGCCGUCCUUUAUCCUGCAGACGAGGGUGAGAGAGAUCCCACUAUGCCGUUAUAUUCAUCCCUUCCCAUCCGCGGGUUAUAG